UCUUGCCCCUCUCUCUCUCUCUCUCUCUCUCUCUCUAUGGUGGAGUUCAAUUGGCCAAAUCGAACCCGCAACAUGUUCCGCCGCCUCCUCCUCCUCGUCUCCUCCACUGCUGCCUAUGACGGUGGCGAUGCCUACGAGGUGCUCCGCUCCCACGGGCUCCCCAUCGGCCUCCUCCCCAAGGGCGUCCAGGAAUUCCGCAUCAACGGAGACGGUCGCUUCGAGGUCCGCCUCCCCUCGCCCUGUACCGCCAAGUUCGAUGGCGAGGUCCUCUACAACGCCACCGUAUCCGGUACCAUCUCCCCUGGCAAGAUCGCCUCCCUCUCCGGCAUCUCCGCUCAGGACCUCUUCCUCUGGUUCCUCGUCCGCGCCAUCCGCCUCGACGACCAGGCCUCGGGCAUCAUCCAUUUCGACGUCGGGGUCGUCGACAAGCGAUUCGCCCUCUCCCUGUUCGAGACCCCGCCGGACUGCUCCCCCGUCUCUACCGCCUUCGUCGCCGAGAGCCAAUCAGCAGAACUCCGCAACAAGCUCGACCAACCCGACUCUUUGGAGACGACCAUGUGAAACGAGCAACGCCAUCUUCGCCACUAAAAAGGUCACAUUUGCUUGGUUUUGGCUUGCUGAUCUGUAGUGCUUCGCAGUCUCAAGCUGAAAGGCCGAACCUUUUCACAAAAUGUUCAUUGAAUCUCGGAGUUACCUUCUGAAAUUCAAUGUAAGAUGGUGGAUCAUAUAGCAUCUAAUGCCGGUAAGAGAGUCUGGAUUGAUUCUUUUUUCCACUGAUCGAUCAUGCUAAUACUUGUAUGAUAUCUGUUUCUGGUAUUGCUCAUAAUGUUCUUGACUAUGCCAGUAGUAUGGUGUAUAUGCAUGCAGUGAAAGUUGGGGCUUUCUUCAUGGCAAAGAUCUUUCUUUUUGUGUUGUGAUUAAUGUCCUAUUUAAGCCAUUUUGUGAUGUUUAGCAUUUGUUGGAACAUUUAUGUUAUCUUGCUUGAGAGAUACAGCUCUUACAAUAUUUCUCUUACCAUUUUUUUGAGAAUUUGGUGGAA